AUGACCAAGCAGGCCGCCAUCAACGACCUCUUCAGCCUCAUUCCGGCCGCCAACGACCUUUUGACGCUUGUGACCACCCUCGGCACCACGCGACCAACGUCCAUGACUGCCCGGACGUCAACCCGACCCUCGAACGCUACCUUUCAUGCCAUGUACCAGGCGCUGUUGACGAAGCUUGUGACUUCGACAGCCAUGCGUGCGCGACUCCCCAAGGUGCUCUUCCGAGCGGCGCCGAGUGGUCAGUCGUUUACACUCCAAGACGCGUAA